AUGUUAGAUUGUACAGAAAAUGUGUUUUUUGAAGGUAUAAACGAUUCUAAUAAUUCUGCUAAAGUAGACAAUAUAAGUAUUGAUUUAGAACAAAUUGUUAUUAGUGAAAAAAAUAAAGAGAGAAAGAGUAGAGAACAUGCAAAAAAAAGGAGCCAAGAAAGUAAAAGUGGAAAAAGUUUAGAAAGAAAAGCCAAGAUUUCUGCUCAAUUGCCUAAGCUACCUAACUUUAAUUAA